AGGAAGGGUUAAAAAAAAAACAUGGCUACCACAGCAAGGGGAUUCUUCAGGCAUAUUAAUCACUGUUAUUGCCAUCUCCUCCUCUUUCAACCAUGACAUCUGUGUGGAAGAAACUUCAGAGGGUUGGCAAGAAUGCCUCCAAGUUCCAGUUCACUGCAACUUUUGAGUCUAUGACAGUAGAAUGCUCUAAAAGUGGAAAAUGGCAGCCAAAUAAACUUUGUAUUAUAUGGACAAGAAGAAAAAGAAGGAAGUGUUCUAAAUUACAUUCAUGGAACCCUGGCAUCACCAACCCAUUUAGGGGCAUCAUCACGUGGACGGAACCAGAAGAGAUGGAAAUAACUGUUACAUUAUACAAGGAUCCCAGACCAGGUAGCCCUUAUGAGGACAAGGAAUGGACUUUUGUCAUUGAAGAUGAAUCAACUUCUGGCCGUAGAAAGGCGAUAGCUCAUGGAACUAUUAAUAUGGUAGACUAUACAAGCCUUGGUCUCGAACAGAAAGAUGUUAGACUCAAUUUGAAACUUGCUUCUAAGAAGUUGGUCUGUGCAAGCUUGGAUUUCAAGAUUUCUUGUAUUCUUAUUAAAGAGGGAAAGGCAACUGACGAGGACAUGAUUAGUAUUGGCAGUAUGUUGAGUCUUAAUGAUAUUGGAAGCCUGAAUGACUUUGAGGUGGAGCCAACAGUUGCCACUCCACAGCCGACACGUCGAUCUGGCCAUAGUCGUAACUUAUCACAUGGAAAUUCCUUACCAAGAGUGUUGUCCAAGAAAGAAGAAUCAACAGAAUCUACUGACACCACCCCAAAGAGUACACCAAUGAGACCGAAACGAACAAGGUCCAAAUCCACUACCCCAUCAGGUGAUAAAUACACUCUGCCUGGUGAGCAAGAAACAGAUGAAAGAAGGUUAAGUAGUACAUCACAGGUGUCGCCUGAAACAGAUGACACACCAGAGGUUAUCAAAGAUAUAAGCAAAGCUGAAGAGGAUUUGACAAAAUGGUGCAAAACCUGUACCAAAGGAUAUAAAGGAGUCAAAAUAAAAAACACCACUACAUCCUGGCGAGAUGGACUCGCUUUCUGUGCAAUUCUACAUCAUUUCCAUCCGGAUCUUUUUGACUUCGAUUCAUUGAGUUCAGAAAAUAUAAAAGAAAAUAAUAAAUUGGCUUUCGACGAGUAUGAGAAAUUAGGCAUCCCACGGCUGUUAGACCCGAUGACCAUGGCUAUAUCAUCCGUCCCUGACAAGCUGUCAGUAAUGACGUAUCUCUUCCAAAUAAAGACUCACUUUACUCAACCAAAACACCAAGCAACUCCACACCGCAAACACAAAACGUUUAGUCUUUUCCGCAAAAAACAUUCUUCCUUAAUGGAAGAUCCCAAGGAGAAAGAAGAGGACGAAAGAUUUCGCAUGAAACUCGAGGCAAGACUAAGCCAAAAUAUCGAAGAUUUUAAUUUUCAAGAAAUCCAAAAAGAGAUCUUAACUGAUAAUGUCGAGGAUUUGAAAUCGAAACCUAAUGAACUUAAGAAAACUGACUCGACACGUGACAAGGACAAUAACGUGGGUCUUAAGGUUAUUACAGCCGACUUAACGGAGCAUGCGUCAAGCGAAGCAACCGCUGUACGGAAAGACCUUGAUGUUGUAGCUAAGAAACGGGGACCGAGGAGUAUCGAUGUGGACGAUGUUAAAAGAAAGUCAGGUUAUAAUCCUUUUGAUGAUGAUGAUAGUCCACCAUCUGUGCCUGAAAUCUCAACUCCCUGUGAUUCAACAUUAAAAACGGACAUUUCCGAGGUAAAGAAAGUUGAGAGUGCAAAGAGUAGUAUACCUCCGAAGGAGUACAACCCUUUUGACGAAGAUGAACCAGAGUCACCCUCCCAAGAGACCAAUCGCCUUGCGGAGAUUAUUUCUGAAAGCAAGCCUACAACCGGUUAUAACCCGUUUGAUGAAGACAGCGACCAGGGACCUAGUAGUCCCGUGGAUAAACCGAAUACAGAUACGGAGACAAGAACUAAGGCAGAAACGACCCGAAAUGAUAAUACUUCUCAAACGCGGCUUGGGUAUAACCCCUUUGAAGAAGAUGAAGACGAAGUUGUUGAACCUAGUAAAGAAAAACCUGCUGCAACGGGGUAUGGUUAUAAUCCGUUUGAAGAUGACGAGGAAGAGAAUAAGCAAGAGAAAAAGAAUAUUCCUGAAGGGACUAGUAAAUCUGCACAGUUUCAGAGAACACGGCUGACGGCGAGUGGAAGAAGAAUAAAACUUCCCGCGCCUAAGCCGAGAGGAGUUCCUUAUCGACCAAAGCAGGAGCAGCCUAUCGCGGUACCUAGAACCACUAUUCCAUCGAAGGAACCCCCCAAACAAGGUGAUAGUGACAGUCCUUGGAUGCCCAGAACAUCAAACCACGACUCACCAACCCGUCGUCGUCUACCUCGCGACCCUAAGCUAAAAUCCACCAGACCAGCUCCACGUCCACCUAGUGCAGUAGCCAAACCAUCAACCAAGCCACCACCAAUACCAACACUGGAAGAAUGGCGGAAAACAAAGGAAGCCCAAGUCAAGAAAGACAGCCCAAGAAAGUUGGCGCAACCUAAACGACCUGCGCCAAAACCACCAGGCGCGAGACUGGAAGUAAAGCCGACGGAAAAUAGUGACAUUUUGGCUGAUAAGGUUGAUGGCGAGAUUAGUGAAGUGAAAAUUGAAGAUAAAGAAGGUGUAAAGAUUGAAGAGUUAAGGCCUGACGAAARUGAAGCCACAAACAGCGAAGCGUCAAUGUGUGAGGAUUUGAACAUGGAUGGCGCCAAGAAGGCGGAAACAAAAGAGGAUUCUGCAGAACAAGAAUCUGAGAAUCAAGAAGGGUUGAAGGCAAAGGAAGAAGAAAUAAAAGAGGAUUCUGCAGAACAAGAAUCUGAGAAUCAAGAAGGGUUGAAUGCAAAGGAAGAAGAAAUAAAAGAUGAUUCUGCAGAACAAGAAUCUGAGAAUCAAGAAGGGUUGAAGACAAAGGAAGAAGAAAGUAGUGAAAAGAUUGAAGGAAAUAAAGGAAAUGUUGAACAACCUAAAGAAGAAGAAAAUACCGAAGAARAUAAACGAGAUGAGGAAGAUAAAAGUGCUGCUGACAAAAGCAAUGACAUUAAAUUCCUCGCACGACAAGUUUUAAUGGACGCGAGAAAGAAAGCUGGCGCGAGUAAUGUGUUACCUAGGGAACGAGUGGCUGAUAUCACCGUCACGCAAUCCAGGCAGGAAAAGACUGAAGAAGGAAGUGAAGAGAACCACACCACAGGAAGCGCAGAGCUAUCAUCCAAGACCAACAUUACGCUGGACAAUGAUGUAAAUGAAGAGAUGGAAAAUAAAAGGCCGUCUAUUGGCAAGAAACCUGCUAUACGUCCAAAACCAAGUGGAGAAACUGUGCUAGAAAAACUGCAGGCCGAGAAAGAUCGCCAGGAAAAACUCAACACAACGGCACGAGAUGGUUUAGAAACGAAGAAAAAGAGAGACACGGAUACCAAGAGCGAAGACACAAAACAGCGACAGACACGUACCAAAGUAAACAGUUUGAUCAGUCACUCACAACAGAGAGACAGACAAAAGGAAUCGUCAAAUGAAUCACUAAACAGUGAUGCGAAGACGACUACAAACAAGGAAGAUCAAGAGCCUAAAAUCCCUGAUAAAAAGACAAGCCAUGUUAUGGAGCACAGACCCUUGAAAUUCAAAUUCCAAAAAGAAUUAGACAGAGACAACGAGAAUCAAAACACUACGGAAAAAACUGAAAAACACGAGUUUGAAGAAAGCGAGAAAAUCAAGCGAUUACGUGCGGUUUUGAAUGACGGUAAAGAAUCUAAAGAAAGCGAUGGAUCAGAGUCUGAGACAGAGCGAAGAAGGUCAAAGUAUUCAAGCUCUGAUGCUGAAUCACCCAAACCCGCGAAACGAUCGAGUCGCUCGCUUGAACAAAACGGACGUGCGCGGCUUUCGAGCUAUGAUAAUGAUUCUCCUUUAAAGCGGUCAAGUCAGUUAACGGAAAAAGUAAAGCCAGAAAAACGAAAAGAAGAAUCAUCUCAACCGCCUAUGGUUCAAGAUGAAGACAAAGUCGAGGAAGACAGGACUAAAGAUACAGAGGUUAAGGCCUCUUCCGAACCGACUGACAUCCCAAAAAGAAAACACUCCAAAGAUACAGAGAUUGGAAGUCCAAAGAAAACAUACAUCAGUCCCACAGCCGCGGCACAAGCCUACGCUGAGACUAGGAAAAUGAACUUUGAUAAGUUUGAAUUGCCUGUUGUUGCGCAGCCGCCCCCUAAACCUCCAAGGACUAUGAUAUACGAUGAUAAUGAGGAAGAGAAAGAUGGGGAUAAGAAAAUUAAUGAAGAUUCUGUAGAAUCUGUUGAGAAUGAACAGAAAGAUACCAGCGAUGAUCUGAAAGACUCUCUGAAUCCAUUUGAAGACGAGUUUGAACGAUGCCUGGAGAACGAAACCUCGGAAUUCCAAGACACGACAGAGUACGUUAAACAGGAGUUGAUAGCCCUGUCCAUGGAACAAGAAGCACUGGAUAAAGUUGCUGCUAAACUAGAAAAAGAAUUACGCGAAGCCAUGAAACGAAAAGGAUGCGAAGAAGAAGAAGAAAAGCUCCUACAAGAAUGGUUUAUCCUAGUGAACAAGAAGAGCGGGUUGGUCCGAAGACAAGCAGAACUCAGCUUACUAGAGAAAGAGGAUGAUCUGGAGCGAAGAUUUGAGAUGCUAAAUAGAGAACUGAGAGCACUGUUGGAUAAAGAAGACCUGGAGAAAACUAAAGAAGAGAGAAAACGGGAAAACGAUCUUCUGGCAGAACUAGUAACACUGGUGAACAAACGAGAUCAACUGGUCCAGAUCGAAGACACUCAGAUACAACAGGCCGAGCGUGACGAGCAACAUAUCCAACGUGUGAUGAAAACCGUGCAAAUCCCUCAGCGCGAAAAGAAUGAAUGUGUCCUGCAGUAACUGCACAACGUUUUGCAUUGUCAUUGCACGUUAGUUACCCUGUGUGCCAGAGGCCCGUGUGGGGGUUGGGGAGGAGAGAGGACCUCUGGUACCCAGGGUACACGGUAGUAGGAGGAAGCGCAAGAAUGAAGCAAUUCAAGAUCAGACUCCAAACACAUACACAAGGCUUGUAUCAUUGCUACUAAAUUACAUUGAAUUUCUUUCAAGGGCUUUUGAAUUGAAAAGGCAUUGAAUUCGGCAAAUUCCGUCCCUCAAAAUAGCUACAAAUUCUUGGUAAGCGUGUGACGUCAUAAUUGCCAUGUUGGUUGACUUGCACGCUACCAAACACAAGUACGAUUUUCGUUCAAAUCAAAAAUUACAUUCCAAUCGGAAAAAAUUAGAUAAUUAUCAUGUUGGCAAUAUAUUUUUAAUGGAAAGCUUUAAGAAAUCUUUAUUUACUGGUUUUGCACUUCAUGGAUUUGACUUUUUGACGAAGACGAUAUUUUCGAAAUAUAUCGGCGAAAUAUCUCUGGUUGUUAGCGAAGAUGACAACGCUUUUCAUUUCUUCUAGUUUUGAUAACUCUUUUUCUGCUUUGAGUAUUUUUAUUGUGUUGAAAUUCCCACUAGAAAUUAUUUUUGCAUGUCACUGAAAAUAUACCUUGUCAAAUAAUUUUACGCUUACAUUUCUGUAAUACUAUUAUCAACAUGCCGCUAUUAAAAUGCAAUCUGAAAUUCCUUUUAGUAAAACAAAAGAAUUGUUUUACAAUACUAGGGAGAAACCACAAUAUUAUAUUUACAGAACAAGGAAAAAGUUAAUAUGUCUAGGAACAAUGUUGCUCGAAAAUAACAAAGCUUUUUGAAGCUGCAUGACUUUUCGAAACCCAUUUAGUUAUAUUCUAUUCUACUAAAUUAAAUAGAUAUUGUUAUUUUAGAUAUUGAAUAUUAAAGAAUAUUAAAAAUAA